AUGUUACCUCGAUUCCUCACCUCGUCACUGGCCAUGGAAAGGCAUUAUUUUCUGGUGCCAAAGUUUGCACUGUCGCUGAUUGGAUUCUACCCGGAACAGGAGCGAACUCUGGGCCUUCGUCUGUGGAGUUUCUUCAACUUUUUCAUACUGGCCUACGGCUGCUAUGCGGAGGCCUACUACGGCAUACACUACAUAUCCAUUGACAUAGCGACGGCCCUGGACGCCCUCUGUCCAGUGGCCUCGAGCAUUCUGUCCCUCCUGAAGAUGGUCUGCAUUUGGUAUUACCGGGACGAGCUCAAGUCGUUGAUUCACAGGGUCAGAACCUUGACGGAAGCACAGCACUCGGAGCGGAAGCUGGCCUACAAGAAGCGGUUCUUUACGCUGGCCACCAGGCUGACGACAGUGCUCCUCUGCGCGGGGUUUUGCACGAGCACUUCCUACUCGGUGAGGCAUUUGCUGGACAAUGUGCUGAGACGAGCCCACGGCAAGGACUGGAUCUACGAGACGCCCUUUAAAAUGAUCUUUCCAGAUCCUCUCCUGCGUUUGCCGCUCUAUCCCCUCACCUACAUCCUAGUCCAUUGGCAUGGCUACAUCACGGUCGUUUGCUUUGUGGGAGCCGAUGGCUUCUUUCUCGGCUUCUGUUUGUAUCUGACGGUGCUGCUGCUCUCCCUGCGCGAUGAUGUCAACGAUCUGCUGGAGGUUUCCAACAUAGAAGAGAGCCCCAACGAGGAGAAUGAGGCCCGUAUUGUGCGGGACAUGGAAAGGCUGGUGGAUCGUCACAAUGAGGUGGCGGAACUCACGGAGCGACUGUCGGGCGUCAUGGUGGAGAUCACCCUGGGGCAUUUUGUCACCUCUAGUCUCAUUAUAGGAACCAGUGUGGUGGAUAUGCUGUUGUUUUCUGGCGUUGGCAUCAUCGUUUAUUUGGUGUACACCUGUGCUGUGGGCACUGAAAUCUAUCUGUAUUGCCUGGGAGGGACGCACAUCAUGGAAGCGUGCUCGGAUCUGGCUCGUUCUACGUUCGCCAGUCACUGGUAUGGCCACAGUGUAGGCGUACAGAAGAUGGCUCUCCUGAUGGUGGCCCGCGCCCAAAGGGUCCUCACCAUCAAGAUUCCUUUCUUCUCCCCAUCGCUGGAGACUCUUACGUCGAUUCUACGCUUCACUGGUUCUUUGAUUGCUUUGGCCACGUCCGUGAUUAGAUAG